CCCGCAACAGCGAGGGCGGGCUGGUGGGGGUGUUUCCGGGCCGCUGAUUGCCGGCAGCGGGAGAAGGAAAAAGAAGAGCGAGGAGAAGGUGAUCUGGAAAAGAAGCAAACCAGGAAAUGGAUUCUUCAGAAUUCCCAAAGGAAUUGUUGGAGAGCGUGCAGGAGGCGGUGGGACGGAGCCUGAAAUUGACUCUGAGGUGCCAGGUGCAGCAGGAGGUCAAAGGUGAAAAGUUGGACAACAAAGUGCUGGCUUCAUCAUCACACCGAGCCUUCCUGCUGUCAGCACGCGCCCCCUGCAAGGUGGAGCACUCCUUUAGCUACCUGGACAUCAACGGUCUCCGUAGCAACAAGCCCACUCAGGUGGUUUUGCAGUUCCAGCGUGGGCCAUGUACGCUAUGGUUCAGCACUCAGACGGACACCGACCGCUUCAUCGCACAGGUGGCUACGUGUUUAGCCAAGAUCCGCCCAGAUGCGAAUCUGCUAAAGAAUAUUGAUGUGACGCCCCCAGAGCGUUUGGAUGCCCUCCGAUCAGCCUGGGAGAAGCAAUGCCAACUGGACCCAGGGCCAUGCGGGGGAUUCUCGGAUCAGUAUCGGGCUGUCUGCGACAACCUCAACUUGGCCUACAGGGACGAGGUCCAGUGGGAUGUGGACACUAUCUACCUGAGCCAGGACACCACAGAACUCAACCUGCACGACUUCAGUCACCUAGACAGCAGGGAUCUGGUGGCCAUCGUUGGUACUCUAGAGUACAACAAGUGGUUCACCAAGCUUGUAGCUAAAGACUGCAAACUGUCCGCAGAUGUGUGCGAGAUGAUCCUGCGCGUGAUGUCCCGGUCCACUUGCCUGGAGGAGCUUGUCCUGGACAACGCCGGUCUCAGAAGUGACUUUGCUCAUAAACUGUCCUUGGCACUGUGUCAUAACCCCGCCUCCUCGCUGCACUACCUCAACUUGAGCAACAACACUCUGGACGACAAAGGCGUGUGUGCUCUUAGCUCCCAGUUGGGCAAACUCCCAAUGGGCCUGAAGCAGCUCAACCUCAGCAGGACUUCCUUGUCCCCCAAAGGUGUUAAUUUCCUGGGUCAGGCACUAUGUGCCAAUCCCAGAAUGGCUACCACCCUCACUCACCUGCACUUGUCAGGAAACUCACUCAGAGGAGAUGACCUGCAGAACCUCCAUAACUUUUUAAGUCAUGACAACUGCUUAGAAGUCCUGGAUUUAUCCUGUAGUGACUGCUCACUGGAACAGACAUCAGCAUCCCUGCUGAAAGGAUGUCUGAAGCGUCUCCGUGUGCUGAACAUGUCAAAGACGCUCUUCUCUCACAGGAAGUGCAAGGAGGUUCCGGCAUCCUUUAAGCAGUUCUUCAGCCUGUCGCAGGCUCUGAGCUCCGUAAACGUGUCUGGAUGCCGACUUCCUCCCGAGGCUCUCAAGGCAUUGCUGCUAGGCCUGGGCUGUAACCCUAACUUGAGUGACGUGUCACUGGACCUGAGCGCCUGCGAGCUCCGCUCGGCGGGCUCUCAGAUCCUGGAGGGCUGCAUCGCAGAGAUCCCCAACAUCUCCAGUCUGGACAUCUCAGACAACGGUCUUGAUGGGGACUUGAGCACCCUGCUGGUCUGGCUGUCCAAGAAUCGCUCAGUCCGUCACCUUUCCUUGGGCAAAAAUUUCCAGAACAUCAAGUCCAAGAACGUGGCUCCGGUCCUGGAUGACCUGGUUCGUAUGAUCCAGGAGGAGGAGUCGCCGCUGACGUCGCUGUCGCUGGCUGACUCCAAGCUAAAGGGAGACCUUGCUGUGGUCCUCAAUGCGCUGGGAGGAAAUGCUUCACUCACCGAACUGGACAUCAGUGGGAAUGCCAUGGGCGACGUGGCUGCCAAAAUGCUAGCCAAGGCCUUGCAGAUCAACACCAAGCUGAGGACGCUCAUCUGGGAUAGAAACAACGUCAGCCCUCAGGGUCUUCAGGAAGUGGCGUCAGCACUGGAGAAGAACUUCACCAUCCGUUUCAUGCCCGUGCCCAUCGUGGAUGCCGCCCAGGCUCUCAAGACCAACCCGGAAAAGACCGAAGACGCUCUGCUUAAGAUGGAGCGCUUCCUGCUGAGGAACCACGAGACCCGGAAGUACCUCCAGGAGCAGGCGUACAGGCUGCAUCAGGGCAUCGUCACCAGCACCACGCAGCAGAUGAUGGACACUAUGUGCGUGAAGGUUCAGGAUCACCUCAACUCCCUCAUGUUCUCUCAGGACCACACAGUCCAGGAGGAUAUAAAAGCGGCGGAAGACCUAAUGACAGAUGCAAAGAACUCCAAGACUCUACUCCCCAGCCUCUACCACAUAGGGGGUGACGGUCUACGUGGCGCAAUCCAGAACAAGCUGGAGGCCGUAGCGGCGGAGGUAGCGGCCGUGAUGGAUGAGCAGUUGGAGACAAUGCUGGCGUCCAUGUUGGAAGCGGCCUCCAGUUUGUGCCCACAUGUGAUGAAGACGAGCGGUUUCCGUCCACAUCUGCUCAUUGCCGGCGCGGAAAGGAUGACCGUCCCUCGCAGCUUCAUUGCCAAGACGCUGCUGGAACAGACAGGCAUGGACAUUCUCAACAAGAUCAGUGAACUGAAGCUCAGUGUGGCAUCCCUGAUCUCCGAUCGCAUCAUGGAUAAGAUCCUGGAAUCUCUGUCGACUUGCCGCAGCAUGCUGGCUGACCACGUGAGUGGGCGAGGCCGACCGACACUACGUGCAGAGUCUCGGGAGGAAGUUCAGGUUCUGGACGAGACGGUCCUUCGUCCAGAGAGUGGCAAAGGGGACGGCCAAAUGGAUGUUUGCGCGUUGACAGCCAAGUCCAAAAGGAAAAGUAUUCUGGUGCGAAUGAUGCGACCUGUCUCAGUGGCCUUUGAGACGGAGUUUGACCUGGACGAGGCCCUCCAGGAGGUGCCGGUGCACGUGGAGGACCCGCCAGACCAAUUGCCAGCUUUCCCGCCUCUGGUGUCGCCGCCACAAUUGCAGCAUCACACUAAAGUUCGGCCCAAAGCCAGGAGGCGGAGCAAACCCAGCAGAGUUGCUCACGAGGCACCUCACGAGGCAGUGAACCCGAGCAUGAUGGAAAAACUGGAUGAGGGGGUGGACGAGUUCUUCUCAAAGAAAGUCCUGAAAGUCAGCUUAAAACGACCCGCCGCCGCGCAAACGACGCCGUUAAACACGCACGAGUCACUCGACAAGAAACGGGAAUCCAGGAGAAGCGGCUUCUUCAACCUCAUCAAAGGUCGAACGUCGCGUUCCGACAAAAGCCACGUAGCCCUCGGGUCGCCUGGGCCGGUGUCCCCAGGCAUAUCGCCCGUGUCUCCCACCUUAUCGCCGCGAACGCCUUCUUUUGGAGAAAUGGCCCAAGAUCCUCCGCCCGCGUCCCCCGCUUCGCCAGUAUCCCCGUCUCGAGACGUCGAUCGGCCUGAGGUGAACGCGUCGAUGCUUCUCGAGCAAAAAGACAGUCCCCUUGUUCCGCGCCACGUGGGCAUUCCUGUCAUGGGGGCCGACAUUCUGGCGGAGAUAAAGGCGCGGCAGGAAAAAAUGGCCGCUCACAAGUCAGAAUUACGAAAGGAAGAUGGCGACGCAGACGAAGACCGGUGUUCUCCAAAGGCCGCCCCGAGGUCCAAAGCGCCUGCCGUCGGCCCUGCCCCGCCGUCGCCCCCUCCUCAGGUUCCCGAAUCUCCAGCGGGUCAGCGUACCUCCAUGACACCCUCCAGUCCCAACGGUCAACUUGGUACGCCGGGUCCCCGACAUCCCGUCGUCGUGAUGGAUGAUUCCCGGUGGGAGGCCGUCCAGAUUCCGGUUCCAGCUCCUCGUCUGAGGAGGGAGCCGUCCAUACACGAGCCAAAACAAAGUGAUGGAUACCGAGGGACAAACUCGACUGCACGUGGCGUUGACACACCUUCACCACGGCGGUGCGCCUCCUUCAAGAUGUCUUCAUCGCACCCAAGUCUGACUGGGCGGCGGCGAACCAAGUCCUUGCCCGAACGCGGUCCGAUGGCUCCUGCGCCGUAGCGACAGCCGUGUGACCGAGAUGCUCAUCGUGUUACCAUCUCAUCACUAGUGUCCCUGAAUUUCAUUCAUUUGUAAUCUAUUUCUUUUAAAGGAAUUAAAAUGCAAUUCUCCUUCCGUGCGUUUUGUGAUAACCCCUAGGUGUGGAUGGACAUAAAAUGUCACCACAAAAAAGAAAAACAAUCAUAAGCAAGUCAAGUCAUGCAAACUGAAUAAAGGAUAUUUCGUGAUCAUAACACAAAACGGUAUUUUCAACCUCCAAAAAUGAAAAGUAUCUUAAUCUAUUUUUUUUUCUUUUAACCCUGUCCUGUUCAGCUGUUUGACACGGAGAAUGGAAGUCUAAGUGCCCUGAUAGUUUGAACAGUUUUAAUGUUUCACAUUGAGAGUCUGGCAUACUCCCAUUGUGAUCACUCAACAUUCCUUGUUUAUUAUGACAAAGCAGCGAACAGGAAGGGGUUAUGGGGGAACAGAAGAAAGACAAGAAAGAAAAACACAAACUACAACAAGAAAUACAUUGAACAUCUAGACCAAUUACUAAUAUGCUGGUGCUAUCGUCAGCUAGAUGUAUUACCAGUUGACACCAUGUGGGGGACCUGUUGACCAGGGAAAGGCGGACGGGGGAAUCUAUAAGCUAAAUGAUUGAAAGGGGUAGAGCAGGGGUGUCCAAACUUUUUGCAAAGGGGGCCAGAUUUGGUGUGGUAAAAAUGUGGUGGGCCGACCUUGGCUGACGUCCUUUUCGUAGAACAGUAUAUUUAAGCAAAUUUUAGCAAGCCAUUCUGUGUGUCACAUUUGCUUUAUUAUUUUUUUAAAUUCAUAAUUUCAACAAUCUCGCAACUAGCCUUUGUGGCGUUCUCUUUCGAUUCUCGGGCCCUUGCGAAAUACUGCUGCUGUGAAAUUAAACUAGCUUCAAGUUGCUUUAAUUUCUCACGAUGUAUCUUCCCUGUAAUCUUGUCAUACAUGUCAGCAUGUCUUGUUUGGUAAUAUCGCCUCACAUUGAACUCUUUAAAAACAGCGACUGUCUCUUUGCAAAUGAGGCGAACACAGUUGUUGCGUAUUUAUUUUAAUGAAGAUAUAGUCCAAUUUCCACCUGUCCUUGAAGCGUCGGCCGUCGCAGUCAACUUUCUUUUUUGUGUUGACUGUCACCAUUUUAGAAAAUUGGGAUUCAAGGGUCACACAGGCUUAGAGUGCUGCUGCCUUUUAGUAGGUAAAUGAGGAGCAGCAUUUAGUGUGUAAACUACUUCAUAUGCUGAUGACCAAUUUAUUAAGUCUGUGUGCGGGCCAGACGUUAUUGAUUUUAUGACAGAGGCUGGGGGCCGGAUGAAAUUUGACCAGGGGCCGCAUUUGGCCCCCGGGCCGGACUUUGGACAUGUCUGGGGUAGAGUGUACCCCCCCCGGGAUCUAGGGUGGUCCCCUGGGCCACCCGCGCACCCAUCAACCGGGCUUGCAAGAGGGGACGCACCACCAACCCCACGAAAUAUUAGGAACAAUAAUAUUGCCGAGGUAGUAUUCGAGGCGCUUCAUUCCGUGAAGUUAAUCAACCUAUUUUCAUAUAUAACCAAGUUUUCAGUCGAAAUCAAUAAUUAAAUUGUUUUCAAUUGUUUUUCAUUUGUGUUUUGCCAAUUUUGUUUUUAUUUUCUGUAUUUUAUGUGUAUACAUGCAGUUUUGCCAAUUUUAGGGCAUUUUUUGUUGUUGAGUUUUUGGAUACAUGGACAUGAUUUCAUAGUUCUCGGCCAAGUCAGAAAUAACAGUUAAAUGAGUCUUUUUCAUAGCCCAUUUGGUAUAAUAAUGAAAAAAAAAAGUAUAGGUUGAUUACAACACUUACAAGGGAAAACAAACUUAUGUUUGGCUGUAUCGUAAGCAAGUUCUCAUCUGUUUUACAUAAACCCCACAUACAGUGUAUCACAAAAGUGAGUAUAACCCUCGCAUUUCUGCAGACAUUUAAGUAUAUCUUUUCAUGGGACAACACUGACAAAAUGACACUUUGACACAAUGAAAAUUAGUCAGUGUGCAGAGUUAAUUUAUUUUCCCAUCAAAAUAACACAAAAUAUAGCCAUUAAUACCUAAACCCCUGGCAACAAAAGUGAGUACACCCCUUUGAAAAAACAUACAUCCCUAAAUGUCCAAAUUGAGUACUGCUUGUCAUUUUCCCUCCGAAAUGUCAUGUGACUGCUGGCGCUGUAGCUGGCCCGCACUCCGGGUGGCCCUGGACCUGAACAGCUGCUGCCACGGUAGCGGGCUCCUGCCCCGGCUUGGCCGUGUCCAGUUUUUCAGUGCAUCAAAAAACCUCCAACUCUUUCAAAUGACGUUAAAUUUUCAUAAACAACAUGCAAUUCUUGGGAUUUGUUCUGUAAAUAUAUGUAUGCGUGUAAUGUCCGUAACUAUGCACGGUCCCUUUAAGAGACACUGGGACUGGAGAGCUGUGAGGUAGUAGGAAGCAAGGGGGAGACGGGCGAGAAGCAAAAGUUAGCGGUCGAAUGUAGCGGCGAUCCGCUGUUAUUUUGUUUACAGUUUUCUUAUUGUUGCCAUAAUAAAGUGGAAAAAGCCAUCAACGACUUC